UAGAUUUUACACGUUUUAAUUCAUUUACACAUGUUACCUGAAUCAAGUGAGUUUCUACAUGAAAAAAGUGAAUAUAAAAAAGGGCAAAAGAAGAGUAAACCGCUAACUAGACGAAGAUACAAGUUACCUCAUCCCGAGUGGCAAAAACAGUUAUUGUCUUAUUAUAAAAUGGUGAACAAAAAAACAACAUUAAGGUCAUCUAAACGUACAAGCUCAGCAAGCAACAAGAACACUAAAACUGUUUUAGUAGAUCUAGUGGAUGAAUUACCUGAUACAUGUGAAAGCGAUGAAAUUUACAUUCUUCUUGCAACUGUAAGCGUACAAGUAAAUGAGCUUGUGCCAACAAUAAUACUUGUCCAUGAAGAUAGUUUUCAUCGUGUUAGUGCUAGUGAGUCCAAGAUCAUAAAGUACGAUAUUAACCAAACAUCUUAUGCAGGGAGAAUAUUAGCUUCUUCAAAUUCUCGUAAAAAACUUGAAAACACGUUUGACAUUGUUUUGAAACAAAAAUCAGGAUUGUUCAAGAAAGAAAAUUCAAGAAAAGAUUCAAUUUUUUACUCGUGUACGAGUCAAAUAGAGGUGUCAGUAGCUGAUGAUAACGAGAUUCUGGUUCUUGCGUUGAGACAUUUACUUGAAAAUGCCAAGUCGAGUGAUAAUGGGGAUGAUCUUCCUGUACAAGAUGACUCGAUGUUAAAAGAUAAUGAUCCUGAUUUCGAUGAAAAUACAAUAUUAAAUUCAACCCCAAACCCAACUGAACAAGAAAUUAGUGCUCGUCCGUUCAGUUCACUUUCACUGUCGAAUGCAGAAUCAAGUUUUGCUUCAUUAUCAACAAUUAGUGCAAUAGAACAGCCGAAUUCAAGUGAAAAAGAAGUAGAAAAUUUGGCUAUUCAACAAGAAUCAAGUUUCUCUGGUUCAAGAAAAGAAAUCGAAGGAAGUAACUCGAUAGAAGAAGAUGAGAAUUCAUGUUCUAGAGACAAGAUCUUAACUGAUGACAUUGAAAGUGUCGUGCCUACGAGUAAAACUCGCAAACGUCGAUCCAUAAAAAAGUAUUUCGCCGAUAGCAAGCUCCUAGCAAAAGUCAAGUCUCAUGCAGUUGAAAAGAAAAAAUGUUUUGAUGAAUCAAUCGAAUCGUCAAUAACUUUCGUGAAACAAACUUUACCUACUUUGAAACCAUCUAAGCCAUACCAACCCAUAAUCAUGCAUUUAUUCAAGAUAAUCAUGGACAUGAACGAAAAAAUGGAACAAAAUGAGAACAUAAAAUCAAGUAAUUCAGGAUACAAGAUUGAAAGAAAAAUUCAAGUGAAGAAAAUUAAAGACAAGGAACUCGUUAAAAUUGAUAAAAGAUUGACACUUGAAUUAGCUAAAUAUGGAUAUGCAAUCGAUAGAGAUCAACCUCAUUUAAUUGUGUCAAGAUUCAUGAGAAGAUGCUUCGAUAAGCAGCUCAAAAUAGGAGCUGAAGUCAAUGAUAGAGCCGACGAGAGCAAUUUCAUUUACAGAAUUGGAAGUCCUGAGUUUGAUGGACAUGAAAGGCUAGAAGAUGGACAGAAAUUAAUCGACAUGAUAAUAGAUCACUCUCAUCAAGUUCUCGGUCUAGAUUACGUUUGUUUCAAGGAAUAUCGUGAAUGCAUGACCCAAGUAACCAAAGCAAUUUACGAUGCUAAUCGUGCUGAUGGUUCUAAAACAAGAAAAAGUGUUUUGGAUAAUGAAAUCGGAAGCUCACAGCCAUGUAAAAGAAAGAAACUCAUGUUGGAAACUGAUGACGAAGAAGAUGAACAAGAAGUCAUGAAAACUGCAGAAUCUCGUGUAGAAAUGUUCAUUUAAACAAUUUCUAUGUUUAACGAAUUAUUCUACUGUUAAUUAUUCAUGUUUUGAUCGAAUUUUUCCAUUAAUUAUUCAUGUAUUGAUCUCGUUUAUUUGUCAAGUAAA